AAAAACAAAUUCUGAAAACUAAUCAUAUCACUAGUUUACAUUAGUUAAAGAUUCCAACAAAGUUCUUAUUGUUUUGAAAAUGCUAAAAUAGACUCACUAAUCUACAGCAAUUCUGAAUUGCGAAACGUGAUAUUUCCCUACGCCAAUAUUCCGUCAAAAAUAUAGUCCUUAUUAGAUUCUUAACAUUGAUUACUAUUUUUAUGCCAAGUUGUAUGAUAAUAAAUAAGAAAAUAUACUAUUUUAAUUUUCUUUCAUCUUCAUUUAUUGUACAAUUAAUCAAUUAAUUUACGUUUGACAUGUCGAAAACCAGAAAAGACUCCUUUCUUAAACAUCACAGUGAUAAUUACAACUGUUGUCAGUUGUGCAUACGAGCAUAUAGUACUUCAACGUCGAGACAUUCCAAUCCGAGGCAAAACAAGCGGGAAACGAACGCUAGCCCAAAUCAUGAAUGUUUUAACGAUACGGAUUGUGGGAAAAAUGCAGUAUGUGAUAUUUCUGGUGGCGAAACCGAUAAUGUAUGUGUUUGUAAACCCGGUUUUUUUGACAACCGUCCCACCAUUACCGCCUUAUCGGACGGGUGCCCUGGUGAAUGCAAUGAGUUUGGAGAGACUGAUCAGUGCGAGGGAAACACCCUGUGUACGCAAACACCGCAAGGAUAUGGAUUAUGUACUUGUCCAGAGAAUACCUACGGACCACCAGAAUGUCUUGGGGAAUGCGAUGAGUUUGGAGAGACUGAUCAGUGCGAGGGAAACACCCUGUGUACGCAAACGCCGCAAGGAUAUGCAGGGAAUGCGAUGAGUUUGGAGAAACCGAUCAGUGCGAGGGAAACACCCUGUGUAUCCAAACACAGCAAGGAUACGGAGUGUGUACUUGUCCAGAGAAUACCUACGGACCACCAGAAUGUCUUGCUGAAGGUUCCACCACAACAGAGAAAUCCCGUAGAAACCUGAUCCUGGUUUAUGGAGCCCUGACCAUUCCUCUGCUUUUCCUUGUCCCUGCUGCUCUUGCCAGCGGUCUGAGUCUCGGCUGAUUAUGUUAACUACUAUGUCAUUACAGGAAUUAAAUAAAUGAAUGAGCAUGUCUAAUGGAAGUUGGGUGGUCAAACAUUUAACCGUCAGAUGUAUUAAAAACUAUUAGGCCAAGAAAGCUCAAAUUAAAUAGAGAAAAUCCUCUUACAGGUACAACAACAAAAGGGGCUUAGUAUUGACCACAAAAAAGGAUGUGGAUAAAAAUUUCCAGAUUUUCAUUUUUUUUAGCAAGAUCUACUGUACUUAGUUGUCAAGUUAUUUUGAUACUGUAAUGCUAAUUUGAUCAGAGAUAAGGCAAUAGUUGCUCAGGUUAGCGAUGUGGCCCCUGGGCCUCUUGAUCCUCAACUGAGAGGAUGACAAGAAUAAAUGUAGUUCUUUGCAGUUAUGUAGACGUCUGUUUAAGAUAUGAAGAUUCUAUUCUCCAAUGCAAUAAUAAUUAAUUAGAAUUUCUAUCUGCCUAUUCUACUAAAUUGAAAUAAAUGAUGAAACUAAAAUUAAUAUUUGUUAGCCCACUGUUCCUUUAAAUUUGUUAAAUUUUGA